AUGGAAAGUUAUGGUAAUUACCUUGCGGGGAGAUUUCUGGAGAAUUGGAAGGUGAAAGAACCGAAAUAUGGAGAAAGAGAGCGAACAUUGAUAAUUAAAACGGGAAAUUGUCUGAACGAAAUGUUCAUCACAAUCGGGACAAGCCUAGGAAUUAUUGAAGCAGAUCUCACAGCGUGUUUUCCAUCGCCAAUGCUGCUUUUCUGCAAUCCGGGCGAAGUAUCUUGCCAGUUGAUGAACUACACGCAUAUUAUCACGGUGUGGAUGGGUGAUGUUAACGCUGAUAUGAAUUACUCGCCGAUGCCAGCGGGUAUUGCGUUCUUCUGCGAGACUCCGGCCGUACUUCAUAAUGUUCUAAACAGCAAUGGCAAUCUUUUGGGUGAAACGA